GCGCUGUUUCGGGUUCGUCUUCGUUCUACCGCCAUCAUCACGAAAGUCGACAGUGAGAGAGGUUGAUUUACCUUCGUGUUUCUCUUGCGUAGCAGUUACGUUUCACCGCAAAAUGAAGAUGGUGGAUAAGAUUGAGAUGAGCCUGGACGACAUUAUCAAACAGACGAAAGGAUCCAGGGCGCGAGGCAGCGGCGGCGGCGGUAGACGCGGCAGAGGUGCCGGCAGUUCACCCCGUCGAGGAGCACGUAGGCCACAGAGAGCCAGCGGUGGCGUCAUGCGAGGACGCAACCGUGGUGGUAUUGCACGCAGUUCUCUGCCGUACACAAGGGGUGAUGUAAACAGUGCGUGGAAACACGAUAUGUUUGAUGGCGUAAAAAAGGUUGGUCGUGGUGCAAUAGGCAGUACAGGAACAACCAAACUUUUGGUGUCAAAUCUCGACUUUGGUGUAUCAGAUUCAGAUAUACAGGAAUUAUUCAGUGAAUUUGGACCUUUAAAAUCAGCAGCAGUACAUUAUGAUAGAUCAGGUCGAUCUCUAGGCUCUGCUGAUGUUAUAUUUGAAAGACGAGCAGAUGCUAUUAAAGCAAUGAAGCAGUAUCAUGGAGUACCAUUAGAUGGUCGUGAGAUGAACAUACAAGUAGCUACUUCUGAACUACCAGUCACUUCUGUCCGUGGUGGUCCGAGACUUAGCAAUGUUAAUUAUACACAAAGACCUCAAACACGCUUUAGAGGAAAUCGCGGCACAGGAUCUAUUAGAGGGCGUGGAAGUGGUCGACGUGGUGGUGGAGGUAGAGGAGGAGGUACUCGACAAGCGACGAAGACGCCUACAGCUGAGGAAUUAGAUGCAGAAUUGGAAGCUUAUGUGAAGGAAGUCAAGUAACAACAUCACUAAACUCUACUAUGCUCAGAUUUUGUUCAAUCUGAUUGACAUAAUACACAUUGUUGCUCUUUCUUUCAUGAAAUAUACAGUUAUAAAUGCAAUCUAUAUUAAAAUUUAGAUGUUAUAAGAAAACUAAUUUAGUUUUUAUUUUUGACGAUUCUUUCAAAAAUUGGGACAACAAAUUUUACAGAAUCUUUCUGAACAUCAUUUGUAGAGGUUCAUAAGUUUUUUUAAUAAUAUAAGUAAUACACGAAAAUUGAAAAAGGAACAUACCUAUGAUUGUAAAGACUGUAUGAAUUUGUAUGUAUUAUCGUGCGUGUGUGCUUACCAGAUGAAAAAUACAAUGAGAUACAUCUCGAAAAGUUGUUGUUUCAUCAAAGUACGGAAUGUGCUUCUAGCCCUCACAAUCUGAUUAUUCCAAAUGUUAUGUUGGGUAUCAGGAAAUUUUUUUGCAACACCCAUCUUUAGGAUAAUUUUUACUGCGGGACUCUAGUAUAAAUAACGACAUAUAAUACUUUUGUAACUUGUGUGUACUCAGUGGAUUUUCUUAGCAUAAAUAUAAGCAUUAUAUCACUAUGCGUAGCGCAUAGCUAAUAAUGGAUUAAGGCUGUGACAUACUGUUAACUAGUCAGAUAUUAACGAUAAUACUUUAAUACACAGUGAUGGAUAUGUAAUAAUAUGUAUACAUUUUUGAUCAUGCAGCGUACGAAUAGCAAUUGAGUAACGCAAGACUGAAGAAAAACUAUCGACAGAUUCUUUCAAUAAAGUCUUAUUUUUGAAA